UUAUAACAAAACUUGUCAACACUUUUGGUUCAAAUACGAGCAGCAAUCGCUACAGUUACUGCUAUAAGUUAACGCAUGCCACCGAAAGUACCUUACACAUGGCGCCAGCCGGACUAUCCCGGCGAUGGCAGCGAGCAUCGCUGGAUUGAGCCGACCAUGAUUAUAUUUUGCCAAGACGCCGACAUCGAGCAGUCGGUGGAGCCGCUGAUGCGGACGCUGCAUGAGCCCAUUGGGAUUGGACCGGUCGCGAGCGUGUUUGUGCACGAAACAAUGCGCGAGCGGCUGAUCGAGAGGGUGCGCAAUGCGAUGAGCGUGGUGCAUCGCAAGGUGAAGACUCAUGCGCAUUAUAAGCAGGCGCUGCGCCGCGUGGAUUGCCUGCAGGCCGAGCUGGUAUCGAUGCAGCAGCCGGACGACAUUGGCUUUCGCUUUAGCAUGGUCGAGGGCUCGCCGCUGGUUGUUUGCGAUUUCCCGCAAAGCUUCUUCAGCAGCCAGCAUCCCAGCACGGUGGUCACGCUGCAUACAUUUCGCAAUCUGCAGGAGCUGAGCGAGCUGACGGCGCUGGAGAAGUUGCCCUUUGUCAGCGCUGCCAUCUGGUCGCCCAAAAUGGCGGCAGCCUAUGAAAUCGCAAUGAAACUGAAGCUGCCAGUGAUUUACAUCAACUGUGCGGCCAUCUCGCUGGCCCCAGUGCUCGCCCAGUAUGAAGCAAAGCAAACAGUGGCGCUGAUUGAAAAUAAUUUUCACUACGAGGUGCUGCUGCUCGACAAUGAGAUACCCAAAAUUAUUGUUUACCCUGCGCUGCUUUUGCUGCCAGCGCCGCCAACGCCGCCCAAAACUUCGACUGUCUCGCUGAAGAAAACUGCAACAGAGCAACAAGAAUGAGUUCAACACACACACACACACACACACACACACACAUAUGAAGUGCCGGCUUGAAAAUUGUUUAUGGCUUGGCUCAAAUUAUAGCUG